AUGAUUUACAACAGGAAUAGUUUCAGUCUCUCUGAUAUGUCAUCGGCAAAAGCUAGUGUAUCUCUAGAUGGAGACAAUGACACGAACAUCAGCAAAGAUUUUGAGCCAGCUACUUGUAGUGGUAUAGUUAGUAAUGCGAGCGACGGAGAAAUGGCGGUUUGCGAAAACACACCCAAUGAGUUGAAACAAACGAUUAAGCCUUUCCAUGUUUUGAUGAUGUCAACAGCUACAGGCAUCGGGACUGGUCUACUUGUUGGAAAUGGUAGAUCAAUUGCAAUUGCAGGUGUUGGAGGUACUUUGGUUGGUUAUCUUAUCAUUGGUAUUAUGUUGACUUGUUGUAUGCAAACUGUAGGUGAGUUAGUUGUUGCCUUUCCAAGCAUGCCUGGAGGGUUUAACUCUUACGGGAAAAGGUUCAUAGAUCCAUCCGUUGGGUUCACUACAUCAUGGUUAUUCUUUUUAAACUGGACGGUAGUUCUCCCCUUGGAGAUAUGUGUUGCCUCAAUGACAAUUAAGUUUUGGAAUGAAAGAAUAUAUCCUUGGCUCUUCGUUUCACUUUGCUUUGCGAUGGUAUGUUGUGUGAACUUUUUUGGAGCUAGAUGCUACGCAGAUGCAGACUGUAUUUUUAACUGUUUGAAAGUGCUCAUGAUCGCAGGUUUCAUCAUCUUGGGUGUUCUAAUCAACACUGGCGUUGCUGGUACAAGCGGAUACAUUGGACUAAAAUACUUUCACAAUCCAGGGUUCUUCAGAAACGAGGGAAACCUUUUCAAAUCAAUUGCGACCACUUUAGUGACGGCUUGCUUUAGUACUGGUGGGACAGAAUUUGUCGCAUUGAGUUGCGCCGAGCAGAAUAAAGAUGAUAUGCCGAGGAGUAUUCGAAGAGCCUCUAUUCAAGUCUUGCUAAGAAUUGCUGUUAUCUUUUGUGUUUCAUUGUUCAUAAUCGGUCUUUUGAUACCUUAUAACUCUCCAUUUUUGAUGGGUUCCGGUUCUGAACUGACACACGCAUCUCCAUAUGUUGUCGCCUUAACUACAAAUGGAGUUAAAGUUGUUCCCCAUAUUGUAAAUGCAAUUAUUUUAUUGUCGAUUAUUUCAGUUGCCAAUAACGCAAUGUACAGUAGCUCCAGGACACUCCACUCAUUAGCGGAUCAAGGAUUUGCCCCUAAAUAUUUUUGCAAGUUGGAUAUUUCUGGAAAACCUUUUAGAUGUCUUUGUGUUUCGGCAGUUACUGGUAUGUUUUCUUUCAUUGCAGAAUACAAAGAUCAAGAGACUGUUUUUGUUUGGUUACUCUCGAUAAGCGGUUUAUCUACAGUGUUUACUUGGAGUAUGAUUUGCAUUUCACAUCUAAGGUUCAGAAGUGCAAUGAAAGAGCAAGAUCAAAGUUUGGAUCAACUUGGAUACAAAUCUCCAUGCGGUGUUUAUGGUAGCUAUAUUUCCUUGGUUAUUUGUGGGAUACUACUAAUAGUUCAGUUUUGGGUAUCGCUUUUCCCUAUUGGAUCAAAUGGUAAACCAGAUGUAGCAUCAUUCUUUCAAAAUUAUAUGGCUGUUCCGGUGGGACUCUUGCUUUAUCUUGGUCAUAAAUGCUAUACGAGAAACACUCAGUUGUUUAUUAGUGCAGAUAAAAUUGACAUUAACACGAACAGAGACAUAUAUUGGGUAGAUGACGUUAUUGGGAAAAAAACAAUUUUCAAAGAGCUUGAUGAAGACACAAUGGAACAAUCUUCGGCUCUCUCUGAACCCCGAAACAAGUAA